GGAAACGUCAUCGUCUCACACAUUACCAGCAGUAUCUCCGCUGCUGUCCACUAACUUUUAAAUGCUGGCAAGCUUUCGCAUUUAAGAAACAGUCUUCAUUGACAAUUCAUAACGUCAAGACAUAAGUUUGAGCUAUAGUCGGCUUUGGGACUUGGCGGUUAGAAAUAUUGCUUAUGCAUUUUCGUUAGUGGUGGAAGCACUUGAAAGUGGUACGAACGGAAUUUUUCUAUUUAACGGUGAAUAAAAGUGAUAAAGUAUUUGAAUGCUUUCAAGGACUUGUGCUUAUUAUUUGUUUAUCACAAUAAAUUUUUUAAAACAAAAUACAUAGAUACAAAUACCCAGUGGACUGAUUAUUAUUAUUUUUGACAUUCAAGGUGGUACAGUCCCUUUUGAAAUACGAUUGUUUAAUAAAAAAAGAAAAAGGACUGUACAAAACUGCAAAGCUAGUGCCGUCAUAAUAUUCCAGUGCGAAGUAACGGAAUAGGCCAAAUCUUAAAAGUUGGGGAAUCGUGUGAAAAAAGCAGUCAUACAAAGCGGCGAGUGUCAAGAAAAGCAAACGAUAUUUUACAAGGGUUGCCUGAUAAUUGCUCCACGCUGUUACAAUCCACGUUUAAAAAUAGCAAGUCACAAACUACUGCAGUUAAGAAUAAAACUUCGCCAACAUUACAAAAAAAGGCAAGUUCACGUUCGAAUCGUCGAAAGAAACGUCGAAACAAACAUCAGCAAAAUUCUUCAGCGUCCAAUUUUUCACAAGAACCGGGGCAGAUUAUAAAAUUUAACAAUAUGCCAGCCCGUUUCGCCGAAGAUAUCAUAGCCGACAACGACCGUAGCGUUCCAUUGACUAUUGGGAGACACUACAACCGCAAUGCGAUUAUGAACGACGAUAUCGUUAUAACAGGCUUUUCUGGCAGGCUCCCCGAGAGUUCAAGCAUUGAAGAGUUUAAACGAAAUCUCUAUGAUGGUGUGGACCUAGUCAAUGAUGAUCCUAGGCGUUGGGAACGAGGUCUCUAUGGUUUGCCUGAAAGGCUUGGAAAAAUUAAAGCAGAUGACUUGGAAGUAUUCGAUCAACAAUUUUUCAGUGUUUCGGCAAAACAGGCUGAAUGUAUGGAUCCACAAAUGCGCAUGUUACUCGAAUCUACAUACGAGGCAAUUAUUGAUGCUGGUAUUAACCCUGCAGAGUUGCGAGGUACACGCACCGGAGUAUAUAUCGGUGUAUCUAAUUCCGAGACGGAAGCUCAUUGGACUGAAAAUGCAGAUCGUGUCAAUGGAUACGGUUUGACUGGAUGCGCACGCGCUAUGUUUGCGAAUCGUAUUUCUUACACAUUUGAUUUGAAAGGACCUAGCUUUGCAGUGGACACCGCAUGUUCCAGUUCUUUGUAUGCCUUAUCCCAGGCAUUUUCAGAUAUGCGAGCUGGAAGAUGUGAUGCUGCCAUAGUGUGUGGUUCCAAUUUGGUUUUAAAACCAGAGAUGUCAUUGCAGUUUAGACGCCUAAAUAUGUUGAGUGAUAGCGGCAUGUGCAAAGCUUUUGACGAGACGGGAGCUGGCUACGUUCGAUCUGAUGGCGUUGUGGUACUGCUUUUGCAACUAACUUCUGCCGCAAAACGAGUUUAUGCUUCAAUUCUGAAUGCACGUACAAACACCGAUGGGUUUAAAGAACAGGGCAUAACAUAUCCUGAUGGACGUAUGCAAAAUCGAUUGAUCCGUGAAACCUACGAAGAAAUUAACUUGGAUCCAAAUGAAGUCGUUUAUGUUGAAGCUCACGGUACUGGCACCAAAGUCGGAGAUCCGCAAGAAGUCAAUUCAAUUACGGACUUCUUUUGCAAAAAUCGCACAAAUCCGUUACUAAUUGGUUCAGUUAAAUCAAAUAUGGGCCACUCAGAACCCGCGUCUGGUGUUUGUUCCAUUGCUAAGAUUUUGAUUGCGAUGGAAGAAGGCGUAAUUCCGGGCAAUUUGCAUUACAGCAAACCCAAUCCUGACCUGUACGGAUUGAUAGAUGGUCAUCUAAAAGUGGUCGAUAAAAAUAUGCCUUGGAAUGGGGGUAUUAUUGGGCUUAACUCUUUUGGUUUUGGAGGAGCCAAUGCUCACAUAAUUCUUAAAUCGAAUCCGAAACCAAAAAUUUUAACUCCUCGUGACGGACCCCCAAAAUUAGUUAUCAGUUCUGGUCGGACAAUGGAUGCUGUUCAAGAUUUACUUGAAGACGCCACCACACAUCGCGAUGAUGAUGAAUAUCUAGCUCUUAUCAACGGCAUACAUACCCAACCCAUUUCGCUGCAUUACUACCGCGGCUACGAUGUUCUCACUAGCAAAGGAUCCGUGCAACGUGAGGUUGUUGAGUUUUCUGAAGAAACGCGCCCAAUUUGGUUUGUUUAUUCUGGUAUGGGCAGUCAAUGGGGAAGCAUGGCUAAGGACCUCCUCCAAUUUGAUAUCUUCAGAAAGUCAGUUCAGCGUUGCGCUGAAAUUUUGCGCCCCGAAGGCAUCGACCUGCUUGAGAUAUUAACGCGUUCCACCGACGAAAAAUUCAGUGAUAUUGUGAGCUCAUUUGUUUCAAUUACCACUAUGCAAGUUGCUCUUACAGACUUAUUAUCCUCACUUGGUAUCCAUCCUCAAGGUAUUGUUGGGCAUUCCGUUGGUGAGUUGGGUUGUGCGUAUGCAGAUGGCGGUUUGACCGCCGAUCAAGCAGUUUUGGCUACAUAUUGGCGAGGACGUGCUAUUAAGGAAUCAAACCUGCCUAAAGGAAAAAUGGCCGCUGUUGGAUUAUCUUGGGAAGACGCUCAUAAGCGCGUGCCAUCAGAUUGCUAUCCAGUUUGCCACAAUAAUCAAGAUAAUUGCACAAUUGCUGGUCCUGGUGACUCAAUUGAUGCUCUGCUAUUGAAAUUAAACGCUGAAGGCGUAUUCGCUAAGGCUGUUAGCUCAUCUGGAUUCGCCUUUCACAGCAAAUAUAUUGCCGGCGCAGCCCCAAAACUGAGACAAAUGUUGGAAAAAAUAAUUCCUACUGCUAAAAACCGCACACAACUAUGGAUAAGCAGCAGUAUUCCAGAAAGUGCUUGGAAUACUCCUGUUGCCAAGCAGUCAUCAGCAGCUUAUCAUGUGAAUAAUAUGUUGUCUCCUGUGUUAUUCUAUGAGGCGCUACAACAUAUUCCAUCGAACGCAAUUUGCAUUGAGAUAGCACCGCAUGGUUUAUUGCAAGCUAUUCUCAAACGUGCUCUUGGACGUGACGUUCUAAAUAUUAGCCUAGUAAAACGUGGACAUCCAAAUAAUGCUGAAUUCCUUUUGGCUAAUAUAGGAAAAUUAUAUGCAGCUGGAGGUCAACCGCAGGUACAAAAUUUAGUGCGUCCGAUUUAUUAUCCUGUAGGACGUGGAACCCCAAUGUUGAACUCAAAAAUAGGCUGGGACCAUUCCCAAAGGUGGCUAGUUCCAAAAUAUGGUGCCUCCAAAUCUUCAGGCGAUACAGUCAUUGAAAUCGAUUUAUCAAAUGAUGAGGAUGCAUUCUUAAUGGGUCACACCAUCGACGGACGUAUUUUGUUCCCUGCUACUGGUUACAUGACUUUAGCAUGGAUGACAUUUGCAAAAAUGCGCGGUGUCGAGUUCAGUAAGGCUGCUGUGGUCAUGGAAGACUUAAUAUUUCAUCGUGCAACUAUUUUAAACAAAGACACAGUUACUAAAUUCGGGAUUAACUUUUUUGAUGGCACUGGUGCAUUUGAGAUAUGCGAAGCUGGAAGUUUAGCUAUGUCGGGAAAAAUAAAAAUUGUCGAUAAUAUCACACUAGAGGAAUUACAGUUGCAACCGCUUUCAUCUAAUAGUAUUUCCCGUGAGUUAGUUGGAAAUGAUGUUUAUAAAGAACUGCGUCUACGUGGCUAUGAUUAUGGAGGAAGUUUUCGUGGAAUCGUUACAUCAGAUAUAUCUUCUCGUGCUGGUAAACUACAAUGGGUGGACAAUUGGAUAAGUUUUAUGGACACCAUGUUACAGUUUAGUAUAUUGAGUAAGGAUUUGCGUGAGCUUUACUUGCCGACUCGCAUUGAGAAGGCGGUUAUUAAUCCAAGCAAACAUUUAGAAAUUUUAUCACAACUAUCGGAAGAAGACCUUACCAAAGUCGGCAUACCAGUAUAUAUGUAUAGCAAUAUUAAUGUUAUCAAAAGUGGAGGUGUUGAAUUACGAGGCCUCAAAGCUUCGUUAGCGCAGAAACGUCCAAAUGCCCAAAACCCUCCAACGUUAGAGCGGUACACGUUUAUACCCAAUUUAAAUCAUUCAGAGCUACACGAGAACUCAGGAAAGGCAGGAUCGCAUGCUCUCUCGGUGGCAAUCCAACUUGUUAUAGAAAAUGCCGAGCGUUCCUUCAAAAUUAAGGGAGUAGAACUUGGAAAUGGCCGAAACCCCGAAUCUUUGGCGGCUGGAAAGCUCGUGCAAUUCAUUGAAGGAGAACCUGCGGUUGCUGCCGAUAUUUCUGUGGCUACUGCAAGUAAAGAUGAGGAAAGCAUUAAGUCCGCUUUAAGCGACUUUGGUGUUCGAGUAAUUUCGAAAAAUAUAGCGAAGGAGCCGGUUGAGCAGAACUGCAACUUCUUGUUUGGAACCGACGUACUUUCUCGCCCUGAUACAGCCGUUUUGGAAAAUAGUAUUGCCAGUAUCAAAGAUAAUGGAUUUUUGAUAUUUGACGAAAGUGUUAAUUCUUAUAAAACUUCUGGUCCCGCCGUAUUGUCCAAAUAUGGAUUUGUGAUUGUACAAGAGUUAUUCAAAGGCGAUUCUAGAAUUCUCGUCGUGACAAGGCGUGCUGUUGACUUAAGCAAACGAAAAUCUGAGAUUAUCAACGUAACCGAGAAAAGAUUUGACUGGUUAGAGGAUUUAAAAUUGGCACUUGUAAAGGCAGGUGAAGAAGAGAAAUACAUAUACAUUGUCUGCCAAGGAGAAGAACUGUUUGGAGCUGUGGGGUUAACCACGUGUGUCACAUAUGAGAAUGGUGGUAAAUUUGUUAGAACCGUUUUUAUUCAGGACGCAAAUGCUGAAAAGUUCUCAUUAACUUCACCAUUUUAUCAAGAACAACUAGUGAAAGAUUUGACUUUAAAUGUGGUUAAAAAUGGUAACUGGGGCACGUACAGGCAUUUGAAAUUGGAGAAAGAAUUAGCCACCUUGCAAGUGGAGCAUGCUUACGUCAAUGCUCUAGUGAAAGGUGAUCUUGCGUCUCUAAAAUGGAUCGAAGCAUCACCAUCUCAAAAUGUCAGAAAUGAUGACUUAGAAUUGUGUACAGUUUAUUAUGCUCCUAUAAACUUCAGAGAUGUUAUGUUGUCAUCUGGUAAAUUAUCAGCUGAUGCUCUUCCUGGCGAUUUGGCACAACAAGAUUGUGUGCUUGGUCUUGAAUUCUCUGGGCGUGACUCCUCUGGCAGACGCGUUAUGGCUAUGGUACCUGCUAAAUCAUUGGCUACAACCUGUCUGACUAGCAAGUAUAUGAUGUGGGAAAUCCCAUCGAAUUGGACAAUGGAAGAAGCAUCUACUGUGCCUUGCGUAUAUUCCACGGUUUACUAUGCACUAAUUGUACGAGGAGAAAUGAAGAAGGGAGAGAAGAUCUUGAUUCAUGCUGGUUCGGGAGGAGUUGGCCAAGCAGCCAUUUCAGUUGCCUUGCAUCACGGCCUGACUGUAUUUACUACUGUUGGAAGUAAGGAGAAACGCGACUUCUUAAAACAACGAUUCCCACAGCUGCAAGACCGAUUCAUUGGAAACUCACGUGAUACGUCUUUUGAACAAUUGGUCAUGUCCGAAACACAAGGAAAGGGUGUUGACUUAGUGCUUAAUUCGCUCUCAGAAGAAAAAUUACAAGCUUCUGUCCGUUGUUUGGGCAUUAAUGGACGCUUCUUGGAGAUUGGAAAGUACGAUUUAAGCAACAACAGUCCUCUUGGUAUGUCGGUAUUCUUGAAAAACACAUCCUUUCAUGGAAUUCUUCUGGACAGUGUCAUGGAAGGAGAAGAGGAAAUGCAAAAACGAGUUGUUCAUUUAGUUGCUGAUGGCAUUAAAAACGGUGCAGUGAUUCCACUUCCCACAUCUGUGUUUAAUGAAUUCCAAAUUGAACAGGCUUUCCGCUUUAUGGCAUCCGGAAAGCAUAUCGGUAAAGUUGUCAUUAAGGUUCGUGAUGAAGAACCUGGAAACCUACAUAAACCUACAUCGCGUUUAGUAAACGCGAUUCCACGUACAUAUAUGCACUCAGAAAAGAGUUAUAUACUUGUAGGAGGCUUAGGCGGUUUCGGCUUGGAACUUGCACAUUGGAUGGUGUUACGCGGAGCGCGUUACAUUAUUCUUACAUCAAGAUCGGGCAUUAAAACUGGAUACCAGACGCUUAUGGUCCGCCGUUGGGAGGAGCGUGGUGUAAAGAUAGUUGUGGAUACAAAUGACGUUACUACUUCUGAAGGGUGUAAGAAAUUACUGCAAAAUGCAAAUAAAUUGGCAUUAGUUGGGGGAAUAUUUAACUUGGCUGCAGUAUUACGCGAUGCCUUAAUUGAAGACCAGACCAUUCAAGACUAUCAGACUGUUUGUAAACCAAAAGUCGAUGGCACAAAAUUCCUUGAUAUGCACUCUCGUACACUUUGCCCUGAAUUGGACUACUUUGUGUGUUUUUCGAGUGUUUCGUGCGGCCGCGGUAACGUUGGCCAAUCCAAUUACGGAUUGGCGAACUCUGCCAUGGAGCGCAUCUGCGAACUACGUCGAGUCAGUGGAUUACCCGGCCUUGCUAUUCAGUGGGGUGCCAUUGGAGAUACGGGUCUUGUACUUGAAGGAUUAGGUGAUAACGACACUGUAAUUGGUGGCACACUACCCCAACGCAUGAGUUCAUGUCUUCAAACGAUUGACCUGUUCUUACAACAACCACACCCCGUUCUGGCAUCGAUGGUUGUAGCUGAAAAACGAAGCAGCGAUCCAUCUGGUGGCGUGAGUUUAGUGGCAGCCAUAGCUAAUAUUUUGGGACUGAGAGACGUGAAAAACGUGCAAGACGGCGCUUCCUUGGCUGACCUCGGUAUGGAUUCAUUGAUGAGUUCCGAAAUUAAACAAACAUUGGAGCGCUGUUUUGAUAUAGUUAUGUCGCCGCAAGAAAUACGCGCUCUUACUUUUGGCCAGCUGAAACAACUGGAUGGCGCUUCUGCUGAUAGACCCGCAUCAGUACCCAGCUCUCCUGCAACACGCACUCCUACUCCAAUUGGUGAUGGAACACAAGUGGUUUUUGUAACUGAGCUAAUGCCUUCAGAAGCUAUUGUCCGUUUGAAAUCUGCGGCACCAGCAGACUCAAAGAAACGGCCGAUUUUCUUCGUUUCACCAAUUGAAGGCUUCGUGGAUGCCUUGAAAGAAGUUGCGGAGCGUUUAGAUUGCCCGGUGUUUGGACUACAAUGUACAGCUGACGCUGAUCUUGAUUCUAUUGAGGGUUUGGCCAAAUUCUACAUUAAACAUGUAAGAAAAAUUCAACCUAAAGGUCCAUAUGCUAUUGCUGGGUAUUCAUUUGGUGCCACGGUUGCCUUCGCAAUGGCAGUAGAACUGGAACAAAACAAAGAUGCAGCACAAUUAGUUUUGUUAGAUGGUGCGCCGAAAUAUGUCAACUGGUACACAAAAGCCUUCAAAAAGCGUUACAACACUUCUGAUGAUAAGGAUCAGAACCAAGCAUUUGCUUUGGCGUACUUUGGCGUUGUAGCUGCUAAUACAGGUUUCAAUGUGGCAAAACUGUUGGUAGAUAUUCCAACAUUUGAAGGCAAAGUGGAAAAAUGUGCGGAUAUAGUUGCUGCAGCAUUGGAUAAGCCUAUUGAAUUGGUCAAAUCGGCUGCUGCAUCAUUCUACUAUAAACUGGCUGCAUCUGACAAUUACUUUGUCACACAUAAUUUGCAGUGUGACGUUACGUUGAUAAAGCCAACGGAAAAUUACUCUAAACUAGAGGUGGAUUACGGCUUAAACGAAGUAUGCAAUGGAAAAGUCGACGUCCUCAUCGUUGAAGGAAAUCAUCGCACGAUCUUGUUGGAUGAUGAGCCUCUCCAAACUAUUGUGGCUUCACUGAAUCGUUUACAAAAUUAAUCUUUUAUUAGAAGUUUAACCAAGACUUUCAUGGAUAUUAUCAUAUGCUUAUUCUAUCUUCUAUAAAUCAUGCACCAGAUGUUUUAUUAAUACGUAAGCAUUCCCUUGAAAGUUGCUGGCAUUU